AUUCUUCGUGCUGUAUGAUGUAUCAGACUCAAAACUAAAAGCAGGAAACCAUAAAAACUGCAGCCUGAGGAGCUUUUAAAAGCAUGAAAAGCUCCUCCCUGUUACUAUGUGAUGGCCGAGUGGCUGCAGCUUUUUGCAUCUCAAUCUUAUCAUUGAGUCAACAAAGAGUGCAUCGGAUAAAGACGGUGGGUGAGAGAAGUUAACAUCGAUUUUUAAAACACAAGCAGCUCUCUUCACCAUAGAUAUACGGAUGCUCCAAGAGGAAGUUGAGAACAGAUCGUGAAGCACACACCAUCCACCUGCAUUUCAUUGAAGUACCUCUGAACACAAUGGCAUCAUCUGUUCUUAUUUCAAACCUCACACAGGAGUGGAUGGACAGCAUGAAGCGGUGGAACCUACAGCUCUUUUGCAUUCCUGCUGUCGCCAUCACUUUGGCCACCUUCAUAGUCAACCCUGUUCUGCUGAUCUGCAUCUUCCUGUCUCGUGCUCUGCGCCAGGAGACCCGCUACCUGCUGGUGGCCAACACCCUGACUGCAGACAUGCUCUUCCUCAUCCUCAACCUGGUCACACUGAUGGGCAACGCCGUGGAAGCGAUGAUACCCUGGAUCGCUUGUGAGCUGCUCACAGCCGUCCUUGUCACGGCCUACAGCUGCGCCAUCCUCACCGUCACCCUCAUGGUGGUCGACACCUUCGCCGCUGUACGCUGGCCUCUCUAUUACCAUGAUGUUCUCUCACCCACCCGCACACACUGCAUCCUGCUGGGGGUGUGGGUGCUGGCGGCCAUUUACCCUUUCACCUUAUUAAUCAUUGUGAAGCAGGAGAGGGGAAGUCCUCGGGAUGACAAAGUUCCAGUUUGUCUGGCUCUCAUCUCUCUCGGUUUCCUUCAAGUCAAGAACGUUGGAGGGAUCUUGUACUUGUACUUCUUUGUUUCAGCUCUAAUCUGCACCUUUUUCAUUUUUUACUGCUACAUUCGGCUCUACAUGGUGACAAGGACACAGGGAAUCUGGCACAGCCGCUUCUCCAGGGCUCGGGUGACAGUUCUGGCCCACGGGGUCCUUCUCCUGCUUUACUUCGCCCCUGGAUUUGUUUUCACGCUUGAGCUCUAUAUGUUCCAAAUGGAAGGUGUAAGUCAGGAUGUUCGAGUGUGGAUUAGCACAGUCAACUCUUGUGUUUUUAUGUUGCUGCCCCGGGCGUUUGCUCCUUACCUGUACGGACUCAGAUACAGGGAGAUUGCUGACUCUGUGAUUACGCUGCUGCAUCGCCACAGGGGACUUAGACAGAUCACCUUACCAUGAACACUCGUAGAAAAUGCCCGCUAUUACACUUUGGUAUAACUUUUUCUAACAUCUGUAAUUUUUCAUCCAUGUCUGUGUGAUUUUAGAAGGGUUUGGGGAAACUAGUUUGUGAAAAGCCACCCAAAGGUAGGCUUUUGUUCAAGUUUCAUGCAUUUUUUUUAGGUGUCCACAUAGAUAUUUGUGUUACAAAACUGCUCAGAGAAUCAUCUUUAAAAUAUCUUUGUGUUGCAGAUCUUAUUGUUUGAGUUUCACAUGUUUUUUCCCACAAUAACCCAAACAUUAGAGUGCAGAACAAACAAUUCAUGCCACGAGUUAUUUUAUAAUUACAAGUUGAUUUUGAAUAUGUGAAAAUUAAAAAAUAUUGAUACAAUUAAUUUUUGCUGAUAAUUUGCUAUGAAGUAACAUGUCUAAAAUAGCCCCCUAACUACUCAUAUAUACUGUAACUAAGGUGAAAUACACUUGAUGGAAUCCCUUCUACCUGUAAAUAUUUGUGUAUUUUGUUGAAAACACAUAGCUGAUUUUCUUUAUUCUAUUUUGCAUUUUUCAAGGAUUUAGAGCUACCAUAGAUCUAAAUUUAAAAUAAAAGUUACAGAAUUAACUCCCUUGGUUUCCAUGUUUUAUUUGAAAAAUACAUUUUACUUAAGACAUGCAAAAUCUGACAGUGACCUGAAGAUUUAUGACCACAAU